UUCGUUUUCAGUGUGUUCCUUGACUACUUUAGCUAGCACUAGCUAGAUUUCAUGUUCUGGACUUUUACAGCUAUAAGGUAGCCUAUAGCUUAAAAAAAAUUCAAGCUUGUUAUAGGCCAGCUACUUUACAGUAGGGACCUCCUAGCUAGUCUUUUGCGCUGGAAAGGCGCGAUUGUCGCGCCUUUAUCAGAGGGGAAGGGUUGCUCAUGAUGAGGUGCUGGUGAGGACGUCCCGUACCAAUUCAACAGCGAUGAAGUUGUGGUGGAGCUGGGUGCUUGUGCUGCUCCUGUCCUGCCUGCUCCUGUCACCGAUUGAGGCCCAGCAGGAAGAGGAGGACGAGCUACUGGGGGAGGAGGACGAGGGCCUGGUGGAGGAAGACGAGGGCCUGGUGGAGGAUAGCAACUCUGCCGAGUCAGAGGCUGACGAGGAGGCCGGAGUGGAUGCCAAUGUCUCCUUCCAGGUCACGUACAAGACACCAGUUCCUACUGGGGAGGUCUACUUUGCCGAAACGUUUGAUGACGGCUCACUUGACAGUUGGCAGGUGUCAAAGACAAUGAAGGAGGAUGCAGAUGAUGAGAUAGCAAAAUAUGAUGGCAAGUGGUCAGUGGAGCAGCUGAAGGAGAACAAGGUGCCAGGGGACCUGGGGCUGGUGCUCAAGUCCCGGGCCAAACACCACGCCAUCUCUGCCCUGCUCAACAAACCUUUUGUCUUCGAGGACGACGCGCUCGUCGUCCAGUAUGAGGUGAACUUCCAGGAUGGGAUUGACUGUGGCGGAGCCUACAUCAAACUUCUAUCAGACUCCGACCAUUUGGAUCUGGAGCAGUUCCACGACAGGACGCCCUACAGCAUCAUGUUCGGACCUGACAAGUGCGGUGAGGACUACAAGCUCCACUUCAUCUUCCGCCACCAGAACCCCCUGAACAAGGACCUGGAGGAGAAGCAUGCCAAGAGGGCCGACGUGGACCUCAAGAAGUUCUACACCGACAAGAAGACCCACCUCUACACCCUGGUCCUGAACCCUGACAACAGCUAUGAGAUGUUCAUCGACCAAUCCAGCGUGGGCCGGGGCAACCUGCUGCACGACGUCAUCCCUCCCGUCAACCCAGCCAAGGAGAUCGACGACCCCAACGACUCCAAACCCGAGGACUGGGAUGAGAGGGCCAAGAUCCCUGACCCUGAGGCCGUCAAACCUGAAGACUGGGAUGAGGACGCUCCUGCCAAGGUGGAGGACCCCGACGCUGUGAAGCCAGAAGGCUGGCUGGACGAGGAGCCUGAGUUUGUGCCUGACCCCAGCGCGGAGAAGCCAGACGAUUGGGAUGAGGAGAUGGAUGGCGUAUGGGAGGCCCCCCAGGUUCCUAACCCAGCAUGUGAGACCGCUCCUGGAUGUGGGGAUUGGAAACCCCCCAUGGUGAACAACCCCCUGUACAAGGGAAAGUGGAAGGCCCCUCUAGUGGAAAACCUCAACUAUCAGGGUGUGUGGAGCCCUCGUAAGAUCCCCAACCCGGACUUCUUCGAGGACCUGCACCCGUUCCAGAUGGCCGCCUUCAGGGCCGUGGGCUUGGAGCUGUGGUCCAUGACUUCGGACAUCUACUUUGACAACUUCAUCAUCACCUCCCACAAGGAAGUGGCCGACCGCUGGGCCUCUGACAGCUGGGGGCUCAAGAAGCUGGUUGCCAGCGCCAACGAGCCUGGCGUGUUUGCCCAGCUGACCCUGGCUGCAGAGGAGAGACCCUGGCUCUGGGUGGUCUAUAUCCUGACUGUGGGGCUGCCCAUAGGAUUGGCUGUGCUUUUCUGCUGGCCCAAGAAGUCCGAUGACGAUUACGUGUACAAGAAGGUGGAUCCCCCUCGGGCUGAGGUGGAGGAGGAAGAGGAGGAGGAGGAGGAAGAAGAGGAGGAGGAAGAAGAAGAGGAAAAGGUGGUCCAGGAUGGGGAGGCCAAAGCACCUGACAGUUCAGAACUUGCAGCGGAGGUGGAGAACCCCGAGGAGGAGAGCGGAGGGGCGGCUGGGGACAGUCCUGAGGGAGAGGAUGGGGAAGAGGAAGAGGAGGAGGAAGAGGAAGAGAGCAAGUCCAAUGAACCUGCAUCCGAUGAUGAGAUGAAGGGUGCUGAUGAGGGGGGCCAUAGGGCUGGGGACGGGCACAAACAGUCUGUGAGGAAGAGGAAGGUACGGAAAGACUAAGGAAGAUGGAACACCCAACGCCUACGCUCUAGUCCUUUUUCCCUCUCGUUCCUCUGUUUGCCCUCCUCUGCGAGAGUGAGGUAACUCCCCCAUCCUCAAACAGCAUGCAAUCCCUCCAACCGACCUGGAGUCCUCACGACUUGGGUACAGCUUCCCUCUGACGAACAUCCCCCCCCCCAUGUUCCUCACCCUGUCACUGGCUACGUCAGCUGUAAAGGGAAUCAGUGCUACCCUAAAGCCCAACCCUUCACCUCCAUGUCCUCCCUAUGAGCUCCAGCUCUCGCUCCCCGCCCCCCCCCCACACACACACUUUUCCUCUUAACGGCAAUCCUAACCUCCCCAUCUUUCACCUGCUACCAGUCUUCCUCUCCUCAGCACAGCAACAUCAGUUUUCUUUUAUACCGUUGGUAUUAGACGAGUUUACCAAUCCAACACCCUCUGGCUCUCUUGUGUGACCACCGAGAGCCACUCUUCGAUAGUACAAAGGCUUCCUGAGUUACCUAGUGGCUACCUGUGUGUCUGCGCCAUGCUCAUAUCAACACUGUCGGACAAGACAAUAACACGCCUCACGUUUCCGUGGUUACCUCUUUUUAGAUGGGAUUUUUUAUUAUUUUUUAACAUAUGAAAGGGAGUUCGACAGUUCUGCAGUAAUGAGUGUUGUUUUCUCAUCUUUUUUCAUGUUCUUAAGUUAUAGAGGUUUUCAACAGAAUCCAAAUAAGCACUGGAGGAACAUGUACCUAUUUAUUCCGAUUUUAAAACUUCUCGUUCAUUCAUGCCAUUACAAAACAAUAUUUUACGAUACAGUUUUUACUUGUGUAGUUUUGCCACUGAUUUGCUUGUAGUGAGCCUUAGUGCUGGACAUGGCCAGUCUGCUUGUCCACAGCCAUCAGCUCAGCGUGUGCAUAUUUGUAGUAAAAAGUGGUUGUCUGUAUUGAAGCAGGACAUGACUUGUUUGUUAUUUAUUUUGAAUGUGUUUGAGCCUCACACACUGAGUAUAGCUGAUGGCUGAGGUUUAUCAACAAGCAACUACUCAGUCUGAUAUAAUUAUCAGUUCACACACAAGGGGACGAGUUGUGUGUGUGGAGUCCCGAACUAUAACCAGUGGGUUCCCACUACUUGAACCUUCAGUUCAGCUCUGUCUUGCCUGGAAAGAGAUGUGGGAGUAUUUUGUAUUCUUUUUGCUUUUUUCCCCCCUUUGUCUCAAGUUUUCUAGUUCAUGUUCUGGCCCAAUUAAGGCCCAUUUUCCUGUUUCAUACUUUGCAAAUUGUACAAUGCUCUUGGAAAUAAAGUAUUUAAUACAAAACAAU